AGCCGUUCUGGCUCAUGCAACACGCUGCAGCCCAUACGUUGCCGCGUGAUUGCCGAGACUCGCACGUGCUCCCAGCGCGUUCAGGCAGGCCGGCGCACGCGAAGCAGAGAUGCCGGCCGUGAGGGCCUGCGGGGCUCUGCUCGCCGUGGCCUCGGGGCUCGCCGCCGCGGCCCCGCUCGGCGCCGCCAGCGCGCCGCGUUCCGAGGCGGAGGUGGACGCCCAGCAGGAGUGCGAGCAGGCGGCCGCGCGCGUCGAGGCCCUUCAGAGGCGCUCGGCGCUGACGGGCUCUCGGGCCCCCACGGAGGAGGAGGAGCUGGAGGAGUCUCGCGUCGAGGCCGAGAUGGAGGGCAACCCUUACGUGCGUGGGCCCAACGUUUACCUCGCGAAAGUUGUGGAUCCGAGAAAUUUCCGGAGCUACUGCCUGGACAUCGCCGGUUCCCCGCCCCACCCGGAGUGCAACAGCAUCCAGGGCCACAGCUGCAAGACCGAGGGCGAGGACACCCAGUUCAAGUACGACCCCGACACGCAGUCAAUCCGUUCCGUCAACUUCAAUGGGAAUUGCAACCCGCUGUACAACGGGUCGAAGAACGGAAUGUCAUGGGAGGCGGAUUCCGAAUUCACGAAUCUUGCUUGUCUCACUGUCAUCGGAGAACUACAAGCUGGGUCCACCUUCAGCCUCACGAGAUGUACCCCAAGCGACCGGCAGAGAUUCGUGUUCACGAGCAGGGGUCAGUUUGUGAUGGGCGACGGUUCCUCCUCCCUAUGCGUCGUCUUGGGAAUGAUCGCGAUGGAGUAUACUGAUCAGGACGUCUUCACCCGCCCCGCGGAACUCCAGGACUGCGAGUCGUGGCCGACGGAGCUGUCCACGUGGAAGGUUCUUCUCCCAGACCACACCUUCUUUUCUGGCAUCGAUGCCAGUUCCUCCCAGCAGUAAGGGACCAGCUGGAACACAUAACUCAGACAGGUUUAUCUGAUCUGUGCAGGUUGACCAUCCACGGCCAGCUGCCAAUUCGUUUGUUCUCUUGAUUUAAAUAUGGUUGGUAGCCUGCCUGCAUCAGCCAGCGGUCAUGCCCACGCCCACGCAUGCCCUCGCACCGCAGUGCGUCCGGCAGCCAGUCAGUCCACGGAA